ACACAUACUCUCAACAACAUCGUCCCAAUUGCAAUAAUUGCACUUAUAGAACUCAGCUGCACCAUGUCUUUCAUGCAGGAGCUCACGUCAUGGAUGUCCCCAACAUCGUUGACCCUGUCCAGCCCACCAAAAGCGGGCGACGCGGCCCCGAGCACCGACCAGCUCACAUUGCCCAGGGAUGGUGGUAAACCCGCUGUAAUCGCUUUCCUGCGGCACUGUGGAUGCCCAUUCGCCGAGAAGACCUUCAUCACGCUCCGCGAAGCAGCAUCGAAGCAUCCCGAAAUCGACUUCAUCGCCGUCUCUCACUCGUCAGAGUCGCACACACAGAAAUGGCUGUCCGAGGUCGGCGGACCCGGCGAUAAGAACCCGGUCCAAGUCAUCGCCAACGAAGAGCGCGACGUGUACGCCAGAUGGGGACUCGGCGCAUCGAGUUUCUGGCACGUACUGAGUCCCUGGGCGCUUUCGGAUGUGUUCAAGCUCUCUCGUGAAGAGGGAAUCGCCAACAGGCCCACUGAGAGCGGCAACAGAUGGCAGACUUCCGGAGCGUGGGCUGUUGAUGGGAAGGGCCAGGUUACGUGGGGCGGUGCCGCCACGACUGCCUCUGAGAUUCCCGACGUUGAAAAGGCCAUCGAAACUCUGAAGUAGUGUAUGUUCUAAUUGGUAUUAUUCAUUUUUUGUCACAUUAAAUCCGACUUUCGGCAGCUCCAGCGGACCAGCCCUGAACCAAACCGAC